UUCAAAAAUGUGGACCCAUUUUAUUCUAAUUUUCCUUUUUCGACAAAGUUUUACAGCUGAUUCCGCGAAAUCGUUUAAACUUAUUUCGGAUAACGAAGUGAAAAGCAUUGAUUUUCUUGCAAAUGCCGUAAGAGACGAUACACUCAUCCAGUAUCUUGUUGAACGUAUAGAAAAUAUCGAACGUUUUGCAAAGACGGAACACGAAAACAAUCUUGUUUUGAAAGAGCGCGUGGUUCAACUUGAAGCUCGAGAUAGACAGCGCGAUCAUCAGUUUGCCGAGAUUCAGGAACGAUGUGAACAUCUGGAAUCGAAAUUGGGACAAGAAAUGAUUAGUAGAAGAUCCAAUGAGAUUGAUACACCAGUGAACCAAAAUGCUUCAAGUCGCCAUGGUAGCCAUUCUGGUGACGAUAUAUUUCAUGUCAAACAGUUGAUGGCGUCACAUGAACGUAACUAUGGAAAGAAUCACAGCAUGAUGAAGAAAGCAAAGCAUACUCGUGGUAGUGAUGAUUACAGGAUACUAACACCUGUGAACGAAGAACCAGUUGCUUUCUUCGCAACGCUCGGAAAACAUAUGGUCAACACAGGGGUCAACCAAGUUAUUCCAAGUUCAUCACCAAUGUCGGCAAUAGCUAUAACCCUCACGCGGGAGACUUCCGAGCGCCUGUCACUGGAAUUUACAUAUUUUCAGUGAGCCUGUUGACGUUACAUGACAACACGUAUUUAAAAUACGCAUUUCGGAGGAAUGGUACUGUGGUGUCCAGUAUGUAUCUUCGUGGAGAAACCGGAUCUCAAACCGUGGUAUAUGAACUUAAUAAAGGUGAUGAUGUCGCUGUAAUAUGUAGGCAAGCGGUGGAUGAAAGCCUCAAUGGAAACGGAUACAGCA